AAUAAAUAUUUUUUUUUGAUUUCGCGUCAGUAAGUGGAUGUAAAAUUUUUCCAAUUUCCGUAACAGCAUUUAAAUAAAACGUGGAAACAAACUCCGCAUCUUCAAAUAUGCCGUCACUACGGAUCGACCAGAGCGAUUUGAAGUGUAAGAAUGGGUGCGACUACUAUGGAAACCCACAGUGGCAGGGAUAUUGCUCUAAGUGCCACAGAGAGCAGAUGCAGAGGCAGCGUCGAGCUGAAAAAGCAUCAUCAGCGACGCUGCCAAAGCCGGAACAAAAGAAGCCAGAGCGCAGCGCAAAGUUGAGCUCUCACUCGUCCUUCUCCAAGUUCGAAGAGAAACGCCUCCGGCAGAGCGAGACCUUGAAAAAGGCUAAUUUGCUGAAGUUCAGCAUGUUCAAGAAGAGCAACACAGAAGAUCACGAACAGCAUCAAACAGAAAAGAAGCCCCCCGAGUUCAAAAUUCCAUCAAUGGUUAAUGAAGGCAUGAAGCGGGAUUUCCGUAUGCGUUUCCCAGCGUUGACGCCGCAGGCGGAUAGAGACUGUCGCGUCUUCGUGCAUUCGUUCAUCAUGGAUGUGAUCAAGUGUUCCAAUGUCUUGACAGUAGAUGAGUUAUCCGAGAGGGUGCAGAGGCAGUAUCAGCGUUUCAUGAAAUUCAUGGACACAUCGUCCCAUUUUGCGGACGUGGACUCUGAUACGAAGGAGCUGAUAAUGGACUUCGUUGAGAAACACGCCAUGAACUAUUUGCAUGAAUUACCGUCAGUUGUGUUUUCCCCACUGGGAACAGACGACGAGAGGCUGGACCGAGCGAUGUCGGACCGCAUACAACAGCUGAGCUGGGUUGGGGAGAAGCAUCUCGAGUGCAAGCUGGAUAAGAGCAACGCUCGGUGCCGCCAGUUGUUGUAUAAGGCUAUAAGUGAACUGCUCGGCAUGGACAGCGCGAUGUCGCCCGGCGGCAAGCUGGCGCGUGUACGCCGCUGCUGCCGGCACGUGCUAGCGCUGUGCGACGAGGCGCCGGCCUCCGCCGACGACCUGCUGCCCGCGCUCAUAUUCACGGUGUUGAAAGCCAACCCGCCUCGACUGGUGAGCAACAUCAACUUCGUGACGCGGUUCUGCAACGCCCAGCGGCUUAUGACCGGCGAGGGCGGGUAUUACUUCACUAACCUUUGCUGCGCAGUAUCGUUCAUCGAAAACUUAACUGCUGAGUCCUUGAACAUGGAUAAAAAGGAAUUUGACUGCUACAUGGCCAUGCCUGCUUCCAUCGGCGGCAGUUCUUGGGCGUGCGCGCUGUCUCUGUGCGGCGCGUCGCACGAGGCGGAGGAGCAGCGCCAGCUGGCGGCGCGGCUGCUGCAGGACGCGCGCCACGUCACUGCGCAGGCGCACAAGCUGGCCAGCGACGCGCGCUCCUUCCAGGAACAAAUAGCAAUAAAAGUCCAAGAUGUCCUCGCGAAGACACCACUACAAAUCACGCCGAGAAGAGAAAUACCACAAUUCGGUAAAUUGAACAAUACCCAACCGCUUAUUGAUCUAGAAACCGAAACCAAGCAAGAAACCACACGUUUCGAAUCACCAGCUAAAAUCGAAGAGACACCAGCUGAAGUUCUUGAACCAGAAGUCCAAAUUGAAGAAAACCUGGAACCAAUCGCGAAUGAAGAAAAACUAAACAUUCUCGGCUUCGAAGCUAUUGAGAAACCAUCUCCACCUAAAUCACCACAAAAUCUAGAACAGUCAUGGGAUUUAAAACAGACGAACUCACUGGAACUACUAACACCGUCCCCACUUGGAUUUACACCAUUCGACUCCCGUUCUAUAGACGAACUGAUGACUCCAGAUGAGUUCGGCAGUGAUCAGUUAGCACCUGGACUGAGUAAUAUAAACUAUGAUAUUGAUCUUUCUGACUUCAGUGGUGACAACAGCAUCGCUGAAGAUGCUCCUUCGAAAUCUCCCAAACCUAAAGACCCGUUUAGUCCAGAAGGAUUGAAAAAGGAUUUUGAUCCCUUUGCACCUCAGACAUCAAAUUUUGGACUGGAGUCUUUUGAUGAGUUCGGUCUCGCUGAUUCAAAGACGAAAUAUACUGCAGACCCUUUUGACAUCGUCCAUCAUGACCCGUUUAUGCCUCAGCAGGAUCCAUUCAGUUCGGAAAAGACUUUCCAUCACGCAUCAGGAGAUUGUGGUAGCACUAGUGCACAGGAUCCCUUUAGCCCAAAUAUGAAGACUGAAGACCCGUUUAGUUUACCAAAAGAGUCCUUCAGCUCAGGUAGUAAAGUUUUUGUCCCACCUAAGGACAAUCCUUUUAAUCCGGAGGUAAAGCGUGAAUCCUUUAAUUCAGGCUUUUAUGUCCAUGUUCCUCCUAAGAAAGUGUCUGAAAAGCAAAGUGUAUCUAUUUUAGAUGAUAAUGACUCGCCUACUUCUGUUUGCCUUUUGCCAUCUCCUUUGCAACCACAAAGUAGCAAGCCUAAUUAGAAUGUUUAUCAACGCUAUUGUGUAAUGGCUGGUUUCCGGAACAGUUCUGCCACUUGAGCUCCUCCAGACAUCUCAGCAUCCCUUCGGUUUGCUGAAGACUUCGGGAAACGACCUAGGUAUUUCGCCCUACAGUUGUCCACGCCGGAGUAUUGUAGUAUGAUGUGCAAGAAAGUUUCUUCCUCCUACAAAAAUGCUGUGCAGAGGGCUAUCCGCGAUACGGAUACUAAAUUGAGGUGUUUAUUACGGGCCAUGACUCGUUUGUAGUUAGAGUUCAGAGCUCUUGGAUUGAGUUUUGAAAACUAAUUUUCCUAGAGUCUACAGGGUUCUUUGUGAACUAUACUGCCGCCGUUAGUUCAAAGGGCGCUGGUAACAAAAACUCAAAACCGAGAAAAUAAUGUUUGAAGAAAUGAAAUUAAAAAAUAUCUACUUUUCUCUUGCUUGUCCACAUAUGUUAUAAUCCACAUAAUGUAAGUCAUGGCAGUAUACGUAACAAAUUUAAAAAACUGUCACAUGCGCCCUUUCAACUAACGGCGGCAGUACUGCCGUGAGUAUUUUACGAACAUUUUUCUUACUAAGUUGAAAAGGAAAAAGUGUAAUAAUGAAGCAUAAAUAACAAAAUAUUUUAAAUUCCAUAUUUUGCGUAUAAUAUAGGUUUAUCUUACUGCGUUUGCAGAAAGUGUCUACAUUUUUUCGUUUGGAAACCGCAGAUAAUUUUUUUCAUUAAAUUUAUUCAAACAGUAUUUUCUCGGUUUUGAGUUGUAGUCACAAGCGCCCUUUCAACUAACCGCGGCAGUAUGUCACUAACAUCAUUAACAACUUUAACUUAAUAAUGCCUCAUAUUUUACUUUCGUACAAAAAUAAAAAUAUUGAAGUAUCUGAACGGUGAUAACUCUGUGCGGUAACACGCAGGAGCGGGGGUGGGGGUCGUUGGAGAGGAUGCAUGCGCGUUUACAAGUCCUUUGAGCCAGGUCUUAAUUUAAUUAUCGCCUCACUAUUUAAAUAUUUUCUAUUGUGUUUUUUUAACGUAUUUAUACAAUGUCAAAAAGAGCUUUGUGUUUUUGAAGUAGUCUUUUAAGAUAUUAUUUAUGUUUUCACUUUCACAUAGGUCACUUUGAACUUACUUAAAAAUAUAAAUUUAAAUAAUGUCAGAUAGGGCAACAAAAAUUUAUGGAACAAAAUUUGUUGUUAAUGAUGUUAGUAAUACAAUGGACAGUGAAUUUUUAUCAUCGUUAACAGUCUUGCGAAGUUGUUGGAGUUUUAUAAUAAACCCUAUAUAGCUUGCUCACCAAGGUAAGACUUGUUAGUGUGUCGUUCGUACGCCUUAUUGCGAUUAAAUAAUCGUUACCCAAACUAACAAAGACCUAAACCCAAAUUCAAUUUCCUGAGGCAUUUGGUUGACUAUGUACUCUUAUAAAACAAAGGUGUUUGAGAGUUGUGUUUUAUUGAAAUGUUUAUUAAUUAUACUGGUGCUAAACUAAUUACUUUUUUAAGAAUAUUGCCUAUAUAAUUUCCAUCGAGUAUAUA